AUGACUGAAAGAGAUGUGCGGAAGAAGAGACCCCGAACUGCAUUCACAGCCAAUCAGAUCAAGACAUUAGAGAAUGAGUUCGAGAAGAAUAAAUAUCUGUCGGUUUCCAAGAGAUUGCAAUUGUCUAAAGAACUGGACUUAAGUGAAACACAGAUUAAGAUUUGGUUUCAAAACCGACGAACCAAAUGGAAGCGCAAAUACACGACAGACUUGGAGUCAAUGGCACAGCAAUACUAUCACUCAAUGGGUAUACACUCUGCGCGACCACUCUUUGUCGGCGAUAGGCUCUGGCUUUUCAACCAAAUCAAUCAUUCGCUACAAAAUCAGACCAACCAUUUCAUCGAUAAUAACCCAACUCUAAGCGCUUCUCAUCAGAAUCGGGACAAUAAUACUGUCCUUUAAAUGAUUGGUUCGCUAUUUAAUGUUUAUUUGUAGUCAACUAUUCUCUAG